AGAAGGCGGGAAGCUGCAGGUCCCGCCCCAGAGGAGACUUCCUAGUGGGCGGAUACCCCGGUGAGUCGCAGCUGCGGCGGCGGCGGGGGACCCCGGCGCCAUGGCGGGCAGGCGGGACGCCAUCCUGGAUGCGCUGGAGGAGCUGACCGCCGAUGAGCUCAAGAAGUUCAAGAUGAAGCUGCUCUCCGUGCCCCUGCGCGACGGCUACGGGCGCAUCCCGCGGGGGGCACUGCUGCCCAUGGACGCCGUGGACCUGACCGACAAGCUCGUCAGCUGCUACCUGGAGGCCUACGCCGCCGAGCUCACCGUCCAGGUGCUGCGCGACAUGGGCAUGCAGGACACCGCGGAGCGGCUGCGGGCCCCGGCCCGGGCCCCGGGCUCUGGACCCGCGCCAGCAGGGAUCCAGGCCUCUCCUCCCCAGGUGCCAGCCACACCAGCCCCGCACUUUGUGGACCGGCACCGGGAGGCCCUCAUUCAGCGGGUCACCGACGUGAACGGCGUGCUGGAUGCUCUGUACGGGAGCAUCCUGAGGGAGGAGCAGUACCAGGCAGUGCGGGCGGAGGCCACCAAUCCAGACAAGAUGCGGAAGCUCUUCAGCUAUGCUCCAGCCUGGAACCUGGCCUGCAAAGAUCGGCUCCUUCAGGCCUUGAGGGUCACCCAACCCUACUUGGUGGACGACCUGGAAAGGAGCUGAGGCAGCAGCUGGAACUACCAGGGGUUGGACGUGCGGAAUGAGUGAUUUUUUUAAAUAAAAAGUCCGCUUGUA